AAUAAACCCUAAUUUAACUCUCAUUUUCCAAACCCUACCCCCUUCUGUCUCUCUUUAUCUACCCCGCUCUCUCUCUCUUCUUCUUCUUCGGCGCCGCUAGUCAUCGAAACUCUAGGGUUUGCAAUUCAAAGGCUUUGGGUUUUUUGAGGAGCAAAAAUGGUAGCGGCAAAGAAGACGAAGAAGACUCAUGAGAGUAUCAACAGCAAGCUCGCUCUUGUGAUGAAGAGCGGCAAGUAUACUCUCGGCUACAAAACUGUCCUCGAGUCUCUCAGGAACUCCAAAGGGAAGCUGGUAAUAAUUUCAAACAAUUGCCCGCCUCUGCGGAAAUCCGAGAUUGAGUACUAUGCCAUGCUUGCAAAGGUCGGGGUUCACCAUUUCAAUGGAAACAAUGUUGAUCUGGGAACAGCAUGUGGCAAGUAUUUCCGUGUGUCGUGCCUUAGCAUUAUCGAGCAAGGUGAUUCGGAUAUCAUCAGGUCUCUGCAACAGUGAGAGACUAAACUAGUAGACUCAGUCCCUCUGGAUGGUGGUGGUGGUAGGCCAAAUCCUUUCAUUGUAGUCGAAAACCUUGCGUAUCUUUAUAUUAGGACAUGCUGUUCUAAUUGUUAUCUUUUGGAAGAUUUAUCUUAUUUUGGGACUUCUCUAUUUUGAAUUUAAGUAUGAGUUGUUAUAAUACUUAAAUUGGUAAACGCUUAAAGUUCCAUCUUAGAUACCAGAAUAUUUUUCUCUA